AGAAAAACCAUAAUGUUUUCCUGUACAUCAUCUUCAAUCUCAACAUCAUCAUCAUCAUCAGUAACAUCAUCGACGUUGUCCCUCUUAAAAUCCUGCAAAAACAUUAGAUCCCUGGAACAAGUUCACGCCCAAAUCAUUCGAAAAGGCUGCGAACAAGACCAUUUCCUUAUAACAGAGUUCAUAGCCGUAAUAAACACAAUCCUUCCUUCUAAACACAUAAGUUAUGCAUCAUCCGUAUUUAACCGUGUUCAUCAACCAAAUAUAUAUCUAUGGAACACCCUCAUCAAAUCACAUUCCACCCAUUCGUCUCUAACUUCGUGUUUCGAUAUUUUUCGAAACAUGAUGAAACAAAAUUGUUAUGUUUCUGCAGAUAAGUAUACUUUUCCUUCUUUGUUGAAAUCUUGUACUAGUGUGUUAGCGUUAAAAGAAGGGAAAAUUGUACAUGGGUUGGUUGUUAGAUGUGGGGAAGGAAAUGAUUUGUUUGUUGGGUCUAGCUUGAUUGAUAUGUAUGGAAAAUGUGGCGAGAUUCGGGAUGCACGGAAGGUGUUUGAUGGAAUGCCUGUGAGAAAUGAAUUUACUUGGACUAGUAUGAUUGUUGGGUAUUUAAGUGAUGGUGAUUGUUUAGAGGCUAAGAAGUUGUUUAGUGAAAUGCCUGUUAGGAAUUCUGCAUCAUGGAAUGCGAUGAUUAAUGGGUUGGUUAAGUCUGGUGAUUUGAUUAUGGCAAAGGGGUUGUUUGAUCAGAUGCCGGAGAAGGAUAUGGUUACGUUUACUACUAUGAUUGAUGGGUUUGCCAAGAAUGGGGAUAUGGCUUCGGCUAAGGCUUUGUUUGAUAAGUUAGAGGAGAAGGAUGUUGUUUCUUGGACUGCUAUGAUUUGUGGGUAUGCUCAGAACGGACAGGCUAAAGAAGCCGUGGAGAUGUUUGUGCAUAUGCAGGAUACGAAUGUUAAGCCGGAUAAAUAUGUUAUGGUGAGUUUAAUGUCUGCGUGCUCAAAAGCCGGCAAUUGGGAGUUGGCUGAAUGGAUUGAUUCGUAUAUGAGUGAAUGUGCGAUUGACAUUGAACAGAAUCAUGUGAUUUCAGCAUUGGUGGAUAUGCAUGCAAAAUGUGGGAAUUUGGAUAGGGCAUCAAUUUUGUUUGAAAAAAUGCACAAACGGGACUUGAUUACUUAUUGUUCGAUGAUACAAGGGUAUUCAGUACAUGGCCGAGGCGUUGAAGCUGUUGCUCUUUUUCACAGGAUGUUAAAAGAAGGGUUGAGGCCAGAUGAUGUAGCAUUCACAGUUAUCUUGAGUGCUUGUAGUCAUGCUGAUCUUUUUGACGAAGGAAUCCGGAUUUUUGAUUCUAUAGUAAAUGAGCACUCUCUAGUUCCUUCUAGCGAUCACUAUGCAUGUAAAGUGGAUCUUCUUGGCCGUGCAGGAAGAGUAAGAGAGGCGUAUGAUUUUCUUAAAAAAAUGCCGACAGAACCUCAUGCGGGUGCUUGGGGUGCUCUUCUUUGGGCUUGUAGGAUGCAUGGUGACGUGUCGAUAGGAAAAGAGGUUGCUGCUCAGCUUUUUAAGAUUGAGCCUCAAAGUGCUGCGAAUUAUGUGUUGUUAUCUGACAUGUAUGCAGAUUCAAAUCAGUGGUCUGAUGUUAAUAAUGUAAGGAACCAAAUGUAUGAGAAUGGGAUCAGAAAACUUCGUGGCUGUAGUUGGUUAUAGCGCGUCAUCACUUUCAUCUUGUCCAAACCAAUUACCUUCUGUGAUCAAGGUGCAUUGAAAUCGCAAACUGCUACUAUAUUUCGGAAAGAUGUAUAAGUCAAUGUCUCCUGUAUAGAGUAUACCUUCAUUGACCAAACUGGAUACAUCAUACAUGGCUCCUUGAUGCAGGCAAAUUGUGGUAUACAUAGUUUUUGUAGUUUUUGAAUUGCAGCUUCGUGUCUUUUUUUGGUUCCAGUUCCAGACAUGAUGAUCAUUUUUAUUUUAUUUUUUGUAUUUAUAAUAUAAGGUUAGCUUA